AGGCAGCUGGAAGGUUAUCCACGUGGAGCAUUGUGUCGACAACGAUAAGUAUCCGUACCAGUUUCAGUUUAACCGGAGGAAGGUCAACCGGACCCAUGAUGGCUUCAACGGAUGGAUGUAUUUGGACAGGGACCUAGAUGAAACUUUUGGGGUCCGCGUUGAGAUAUGCAAACACGUGGACGGCGGCUGCAAGCCCUCUUUAUUAUUGAAAGACGACUGCUACUGUAAUUUCGCUGAGAAAUACGCCAAAGAAAACAUAGAAGAUUGCUUGGUCACUUCCAUGGACAUGAGCCCACGCGGCAACCACUCGAUAUCGAACUACGUGUUCAAUUACGCGGAGCUGCCCGAGCAAGGCAUGUAUGGCAAGUUGGGCGUGGAGGUGUACAUACUGGACGGAGACGAGAAGAUCGGCUGUGUUCAACUCACCGUUAACUUCGAGAAUCUCGAUGACAACUAA